GCAGAGAAGCGAGGCCUUUUGGGUCAUCACAAAACCCACACAGGGGAGAAGCCAUAUCAAUGCAACGACUGUGGAAGAUUUUAUAGUACCUCAUCAGCCCUUAAAAGUCAUGUGAAAACUCACACGGGGGAAAAAAAUCACAAAUGUUUGGAGUGUGGGAGAACAUUUGCUUACUUAUGUUCCCUUACAAGUCACAACCGAAUCCAUACAGGAGAGAAGCCCCACAAAUGCUCAGAUUGUGAUAAAUGUUUUUCUCGGAAAGAUACCCUUGUGAUGCAUCAACGAAUCCACACUGGAGAGAAACCGAAUAAGUGUCUGGAGUGUGGGAAAUGUUUUGCCCAUCCUUCAUCACUUCUCAUACAUACCCGAAGUCACGCAAAAGAGCGGCCUCACAAGUGCACAAAGUGUGAGAAAUCUUUUCAUAGUGAAUCAGACCUUAAAAAGCACCAGAAAGUCCAUAGCAGAUAAAUCUCUUCAGAAAAACCUUGUGGGACCCUCCCCUUUUUCUCCCCAACAGUCAUAUCUUAAAGUUAACCAAGAACUUCACAAACUGACAGAAAGGUAAUCCUACAAUUGUUUUGUGUGGGGAAAAUGGUUUUCCUAGUCAACCACCUCAAAUUCCAUCAGAAUACACAACGAUGCAAAAGGGCAUGUAGGUGCUGGGUGUGAGGUUGUUUUGCUCACAAAACAGCAUUAGUCACUUAUCUGAGUCAUUAUACAAAAGAGUUAUGAGAGUGCAAGGAGUAGAUAUGUUUUGCAGAGUACAGAAAGUCCUUGACUUAUGACCACAACUUGGAAUGGAUUUCUGAUCAUAGGUUGCUACAGUCGUAAGUCAAGGAACCAGGUAUUUCUGUUAAUUUUUACCAAACUUUGUUGAUCAAUGAAGAGAACUGAAUAUUUAGAGAGGAGAAAAUGGGUUGUGGGGUGGAAUGAAGAUGCAUCUGGUGAUUUAUUUAACAAUAAAGGGUUGAUGUGGAAUAUGCUGGCUGAGGAUGAAGAGGGAAAGUUUAUUUUUCUUGCUAUUUUUUUGGAGGGAUUGUUUUUCUUUUCGUUUAUUGGUUUUGUAUGCCACCCACUCCGGAAGGACUCCGUUGUCUUUUUCAUAUACAAGACACGUCUUUUUCAUACAUGGCAUCGGACCUGGGUACCUGAGAGACCGCCUCCUGCCGAUCACC